AAGAAGGCGGAAGUGCGUCAUUAUACUUCUAUGUUGUCAGUUUUUCAGGGAAAGGCGGGUAAAUGGUGGGGGGAAAUUUAAUGUCUUGUUAAGAUUUGCAGAAUAGUUUGCCCGUCUUUGCCUUUCUGUAAACGCCAGGACAGAGCUGAUAGACAGCCGGGUGUCAUGGCGUGUAAAAGAGGAGCUCUCAUUGUGCUGGAGGGGGUGGACAAGGCGGGAACGACACAGUGCAACAGACUAGUUCAGGCGCUGCAACAAAGUGGUCGGCCGGCAGAGAUGAUGAGAUUCCCCGAUAGGACUACAACAAUUGGAAAACUGAUCAGCGCCUACCUGGAGAAGAAGAGUGAUUUGGAGGACCACACGGUGCACCUGCUGUUCUCUGCAAACCGCUGGGAACUGGUGUAAGACUCUUGUUUUAUUGUUACUUCAUGGAAAGCAGAAACGACACACUGUUUAAAAAACUGAAUUAUAAGGCUGUCAUUAAGGGUUUACAGUAAAUGAAAAUAGUAGAUAACACUAAUAAUAGGUAAAAAUGUCAGCUAUGAAAAAGGCCUAAAUUUAUUAAAUACUCACCAUUAAGAGUAAGUUCACCCAAACAAUGCGAGGAUAUGUUUGCCUUACAGUUAGUUUUGUAGAUAAUGUUAGGUGAUUUUGAGACUAAACUUGUUUGAGAAAGAGAGAAGAAAUUAGAAAAUGUCCUCACCGCCGUGCCGUUAUCCUGUGUUGCUUUGCCUGCAGAUUUUAAAAAAAAC